AUGUGUGUUGCCAAUAAAGAAUUGAUGCAAAAAUCCAGCCAGACUGCUGGUUCAUCGGAAGAGUUCUUUUCCGUCUCCACGAUCGCUGUGAAUCCUGACAGAAUCGAUGAGGCCUAUGAGUGCUUGGCUGAAGUUGCUGAAGCCACAAUGAAGGAAGAAGGCGCCAAAAUAUACAGGUUCUACAAAACUGAAGGCAAAGACGAGUUUGUGUGCAUGGAAAAAUUUGUGAGUCGAGAUGCUUAUGCAGUGCAUACCAGCUCGGAACACGUGAGGGAAUGGGCAAAGAAAUAUCUUGAUUCUGGAAUCUUUGUAGGAAGCUUUGGAUUCCACCAUCUUGCCAAGGAGGGCCCUGGAGCCGGUGGAUUCGAUCGACCCUGA